AUGAAUCAACAACGCCCUCUCGUGCCGGAGAGCAGUGCCUCUGUCAGAUCUGGCAGCAGUCGUGGCGAUAUGGACAUCAAGCCAACCAUGCCGAUGCCUGCCAUGCCGCAGCGCAAGAAGAAACCCGGGCCAAAGCGAGACAGCAAACCUGCGCCCAACGAGAAACUUGAGAGGAAUCGACAAGCACAGAGAACACAUCGAGAACGAAAAGAGCAAUACACAAAAGAUCUCGAGCUGGAAGUGAUGCGCUUGAAAGAGCUGUAUGUCAACUCUACGCGAGAACGUGAUGGAGCCUUCAAGGCACGCGACGACGCCACUAUUGAACAGGAUCGCCUUCGUGUGGAGAAUCACAGAUUGCGCGAAGAGAAUCAGCGCAUGAGAGAAGCACUCCAAGCUUCCAAUUCAUCAACAGACUCUGGCUUCGAUGCAAUGUCUGUCAGCUGUGACGCGACCCGUAAAGGCAGUAUCUCGACGACAGAUGGCUUUCCCGGAAUGGUGGCUCCUGUCAACAUACAAGAACUUGCGGCUCAGAACAGCCUUGCGGAAAGCCGACGACCAAGUGUAUGGGAAGAGUGCGAAUCGAGAGGCUUCGCAUCUGACGACGUCAUGCGGGAACCUCCAAUCAAGAUUGAGCGAUCGACCGCCCAACAAGGCUCUACUCACAUUUCUGCGCAGCUUUCUGCGCAGCUCACUAUGCAAUUGCCUGCUGCAGGCAUCGACUACGAUGAACUGGGCCUUGACUUUGUCCUAACUCUUGAGAAGCCAUGCAUGGGGCACAUACAGUAUCUCCAUGUUCGUGCUCAUAAUUGGCAGUCCGGCCAAGACGGGAACACGAUGAUACCGCCCAUGGAAGUGCCAGACGAUGGCGAGAAUCAGCACAUAUCCGGACAUGCUUUGAUGGCCACAGCACCCCCGUACAGCACGGUCAUGGAAGACCCAGCGCAACGCUAUCCGACGCAGUAUCCACACGGCCUCAAGCGCGAGGAUCUGAUGAAUUUGCUGAAUCUGGCCUCCCAGCUGGAGACCAAUGAAGUCGAGCUACCUCCGGUCAAAGCGUGGCUGAGGAUCAUGCAGGAUGCCAGACUCCGGCAGCUUGGUGUCAGUGAUUUCGAUCUUCUCAAGCAAAACUUGUUGAGCAAAGUGCAUUGUUAUCGCUUUGGUGCCGUGAUCGAAGAUCAUGAUAUUGAGGAUGCUCUGCAGCAGGUUCUGAACUGGAAAACUGGCAACUCUGCAAAUUAUGGCGUUGCAGAGCCCAUGCCACCACCAGGACAUCCGUCCCACAUGGGCUCUGCUCCUGUGCAUCUGGCUGCACCAACUUCUGUGCCACCUGGCACCGCCUUGUGA